CAACUUUGGCGUCGCUUCAGUACGGCAGAGAAAAAAAUCAAAAAUUUUGCAAAAAUCAUUCGAUUGUCAAAUGGCGAGCACUACUGUUGCUUCACGUGCAUCUAUGAAAUGGUCCUCAAGCCAUGAUAUAGCUUUAUCACGAGAAAUCUUGCUAUUUAGACCAUGGAUUCACAGAAGAGGAUCAACUGAAAGAGGCCAAAUUUGGGAAAACAUUGCUAAAUCGCUCAAUGCUUUGGAAAUGCCAAAAUUCCAUGUAUCUCAGAGAUCUGUUCGCGAUCGAUAUCAACUGCUCGAAAAGAAAUACAAAAGAAAACAAUCAGAAGAAGAAAGAGCCAGUGGUAUUUCACCCGAAGAGAGUGAACUUGACGAGGCUAUGGAGGACAUCAUAGCUCAGUUUGAGGAAGCUGAUCAUUUAAAUGAACAACUCACGUUCGAGAAAAAACAGAGAGCUCAGGCAGAAGUUGAAAAGGCUGUAGAAAUGCGUCGCUGCUCAAUGGAAACGUUCAAAGAAACGAAAAAGAGGAAUGGCGAGGAAGAAAAUAACGAGCCAUCUGCUAAAAAGAAGAAAAGGACCAGUGGAUCGGAUGUCAUGCGAUACCUGCGAGAAAAAGGCGAAAUUGAUAUAAAAAUGAAAGCUGAUGAAGUCGAGCUGAGAAGAACGGAAAGUGAACGACAUUACGAACUUAUGCAGGAAGAACUACGCAUUAGAAGGCUUGAAGCUGAACGCCAAAAAGAGCAGAAUGAGCAACAAGUUAUGCAGUUAACUAAUUCCCAAAUGAUGCAACAACAACAGAUGAAACAGCUAUUUGAAGUGACUCAAGGUAUGAUGUUACAGCAGCAGCAGCAAAGUGCUUCUUUUGUAGCGAUAUUUGAAAAGUUUGCAACAAAAUUCAACUAA